GACGUCCUAGUCGUUGGUACUUGAAACUGGAAAGCUUGGUUGUUGUCUCUGAAAUGAUUAUCUUCGCGCUAUUUCUUCUCACGAUCAAUUACAUUGUCUCGGUUCCUGUCAUACCCACUUUUGACAAUGCUGAGGAAGUUGCCCAAUACAAGAAAUAUUUAGAAGAGGCACCAAAAGCAAUAAAUGUGGAUCCUAAAACAUUGGAUUCGGCUCGAAAAGUUUUUGUGGAAAAUUCUUUAGAUGAUUUAUUACUACUUUGGAAUACAAGUUUACGAGGUAAAGACGAUGAAACAAAACGUUAUCUAGUCGAAAAACUCCUAAGAACUCAUUUGGAGAAAGUAGCAGAUAGUCAUCCUAACACAAUGGGCGGUGUUGUUCACAAAACUUUGCCAGGAUAUGAAGCGGAAUCACCGAAUAAAAUUGUUGAUAAGUUAAAAAAAUUGGAUGAUGAACAGGAAAGGAAGUACCAAGAGCAUGUAGCUAAAGAAAAAAGCGAUAUGGUACAGAAAUUCAGUAAAUUUACAGAAGAAGAGCGUGCUAGGAUGCUUAAGAGUCUGAAAGAACUGGCUGAAAAACACAAGCGUCAUCCCAGAAUUCACCAGCCAGGAAGUCAAGAUCAGCUUAAAGAAUAUUGGGAGAAAUAUGAGGGAUUGGAUGAGCAAUCAUUCAAUUCUCGAACGUUAUUUGCCGAUAUCGAUUUAGAUGGAGACGGUUAUCUGAAUAUCCAUGAGGUUGAAGCAUUUUUACAAACAGAACUUGAAAAGGUUUAUAAUCCUGAAGAUCCAGAUUACGACCCAUGGGAAGAAAGACAUGAUAAAAAAAAAAUGCGACAGAAAUUUAUGGACCGAUUCGACACAGAUGGUAAUUACUUGGUUUCUCGUGAUGAAUUUCUAAGAGGUGUUAAUCAGCCUUAUCCAUCAUAUGAUCGUGAUUGGAUGACUGCUCAAAAUGAAGAGGAUAUGUUUAAAACAAAUGAAGAGGAAUUAAGAAGAUUAGUUAGUGAAGCACAAUCAAAAGAACAAAAUCGUCAGCAAACAACAACAGAACAGCCAAAUGUACAAAAUGUAUAGGGUCUUAAUUGUUUUUAUUCACUUAUAUUUAUGAACUAUCGAUUACUGUUGUUUGUCCAUUAUGAAAAGAUAAGGAAGUUCUUGGCUAGAUUAUGUUGAUUUGUCCUAUAAUUUAUUUUUAUCUCGACUAUUUUUAAUUCAUACUUUAUUCACCUUUUUAUUCACAGGCAAUUUAUUACUGACUACCUUUUGAUUUUUACAAACCUAAAUUAACUUUAAUUUGUUGUUUGCUUCUCUUCCUGCUAAUCCAUGUUAUACUUACGAUUUGUUUUUAUUUUCUUUUAUUUCAAUCACAUAUCUACCUCGAGGUUGAAAAAAUCGAUAACUAGAAAGUUCAGAAAUGUUUGUAUUUUUGCGUCAGUAAUGUUUUUUUAUUUAAUUUUUAUACGGUAACAGAAAUAUGAGAGAACUUCUUGGCAGUCUACCCAGAAAUGCUUAAUAAAAAUCACCACACCUAUUUACUUAGUACAUAUUACCAAAAUUUAUUACUAAUAUGUACCUUCUACUGCUUUUCUAACUACUUGUUAUUGUGAGAAAAAAAGAAACGCACUGAGAAGGU